GACGGGGGUGAAACGGAUUCCCAACUUGCGCACGCUGCGCUGCAGGAUGAUCCGUGCCUCCUCAGAGCGUGUAGUGGGCAGGUCCUUGGCUUCCAGCGGCCUUUUCACCGAGACCUUGAUGUCCCGCCGCAGCUGUCGCUCUGCGUCGUUGUCGCCAACUCCAAAGUCCAAAGGGCACGGCAGAUGCUCCUCCCCAAGACGCUUCGCGUCGCGUCACGUGCCCACAGCCGCCGAAGAGCUGGCGGCGCACAGCCAGGUGCUGGAGCCGACGGUGAUCAAGCGUUUUGAUGGCCUGAUGAAGCACUUGAAGCGCAACACCGACAAGCAGGACUUCGAGAAGCAGGUACUUGCUUCUCCAUGCGAUGUCCUGGUGCCGGAAGAGUAUGACGAAGUGCUGCGAGGGGAGUUCGCUCGGCACUGUAGCUUUGGGGAGCGGCUGAACACGGAGCUGAUGCAUUCUGGCAAGUGGGUGAAGAUGCUGAAGGAGCUGGGCCUGGUCCCAGGUAAGAACUCCAAAGGA